AUGGUGGAUCGGGACGUUUUGGGUUUUGUUUUGGCGGCCGUUUUUGGGUUUGCCAUUUUUUAUGGGUUUUUGAUAUUCAGAAAAACUGGUGGCACCCGGAAGAGUUGCUUGCAGGAAGAAACCGCCUCCACCACUGUCAUUGACGGCGGCGAAAGCAGAUCGAAGGAUGGAGGGGGAGACUAUUUUGACAUCAUCAUUGUUGGUGCUGGCGUCGCCGGUGCCGCUCUGGCUCACACUCUUGGAAAGGAUGGGCGUCGGGUGCGAGUAAUUGAGAGAGACUUGACUGAGCCGGAUCGAAUAGUGGGAGAACUGCUGCAACCAGGUGGAUACCUCAAACUGAUUGAGUUAGGGCUGGAAGAUUGUGUAGAGGAAAUUGAUUCCCAGAGGGUGUUUGGAUAUGCUUUAUUCAAGGACGGGAAAUCCACUCGACUUUCUUAUCCUUUGGAAAAGUUUCACUCUGACAUAUCUGGGAGGAGCUUUCACAAUGGACGCUUCAUACAGAGGAUGCGUGAAAAAGCUGCAUCUCUCCCCAAUGUGCAAUUGGAGCAAGGUACUGUCACAUCUCUGCUCGAAGAUAAGGGAACUAUUAGAGGUGUACAAUACAAGACAAAAUCUGCUGAAGACCUGAAAGCUUAUGCACCUCUAACCAUUGUAUGUGAUGGCUGCUUUUCCAAUUUGCGACGUUCCCUUUGCAACCCAAAGGUAGAUGUGCCUUCUUGUUUUGUUGGGCUGGUGCUGGAGAAUUGUCAUCUUCCUUUUGCAAACCACGGGCAUGUAGUUUUGGCAGAUCCAUCUCCUAUCUUGUUUUACCCCAUCAGCAGCACUGAGAUCCGAUGUCUGGUUGAUGUUCCUGGUCAAAAGGUGCCUUCUGUAUCAAACGGAGAAAUGGAAAAAUAUUUGAAAAGCGUAGUUGCUCCCCAGGUCCCUAUCGAACUGCUUGAUGCAUUCAUUUCUGCAAUUGAGAGAGGAAACAUUAGGACAAUGCCAAACAGAAGCAUGCCGGCUGCUCCACAUCCCACUCCCGGGGCUUUGCUUAUGGGGGAUGCAUUUAACAUGCGCCACCCCUUGACAGGUGGAGGAAUGACUGUAGCAUUGUCUGAUAUUGUUGUACUACGCAAUCUUCUUAGGCCACUGCGCGAUUUGAAUGAUUCAAGAACUCUGUGCAAAUAUCUUGAGUCUUUCUACACCUUGCGGAAGCCUGUGGCAUCCACUAUCAACACAUUGGCAGGAGCCCUUUACAAGGUCUUCAGUGCUUCACCUGAUAAAGCACGGAAUGAAAUGCGCCAGGCAUGCUUUGAUUAUUUAAGCCUUGGAGGUGUUUUCUCAGAUGGGCCAGUGUCUUUGCUCUCAGGGUUGAACCCCAGGCCACUGAGCUUGGUUUGUCAUUUCUUUGCUGUGGCAAUUUAUGGUGUUGGCCGUUUGAUGCUGCCUUUUCCUUCACCUGGACGUAUAUGGAUUGGCGCUAGAUUGAUUUCGAGUGCAUCAGGAAUAAUCUUCCCAAUUAUCAAGGCCGAAGGAGUAAGGCAGAUGUUCUUCCCAGCAACAGUUCCUGCAUAUUAUCGAGCUCCUCCUGCUAAAUAA